UUGAAAUGAAUGGUGGUAUUUUCAUAGGACAAAUGUUUAAGUCAAGCUGUACCCAUUUAAUAACUGCCAAUGAUUCUGGAGAAAAGUUUCGUCGAGCAAAAGAUUGGAAAACUAUUUACAUUGUCACUGUUGAAUGGCUUAGAAAAUCAAUUGAACAUGUAUAUACUUGGUUAAAUUAUAAAUAUUUAAUAUUAUUUUAAGAAAUUCCGUCUUGAUGAGCUUGAAUUUUCUUUUGAACCGAAAAGUGAAGUUGAAAAUUCUCCCCUUGCUAUCAAAAAGCAGUCACCAAAUUAUGAAAACAUUGAACCCAAAAACAAGGAACUUUUUGAAACAGAAGACAAUCAUUU